AUGUACUGGAGCGCUCUCACCGUCGGCGCCCUUUGGGGCCAGUUUGCCUCUGCGCAAAACAUGCUUCGCUUUGGCUGCUCGCAGCUCACCAUCGAACGCGCUGAUCCUUUGGUCUCGCCUGGAGCAAGCCCCGCGCCGCACACGCAUCAAAUCAUAGGAGGAAACUCGUUCAAUCUUACGAUGGAACCAGCCGUAUACGACCCGCCGGGCCUGUCAACCUGCACAACGUGCACCUACUCCGAGGACUUCAGCAACUACUGGACGGCGUCGCUCUACUUCAAGUCGCCCGAAAACGGCACCUUCCAGCGCGUGCCGCAGUUCGCCAACUUCGGGCUGCAGCAGGACGGCGGCAUGACCGUGUACUACAUGCCGUACAGCGCGAAGAACGGCAAGAUGACGGCCUUCAAGCCGGGCUUCCGCAUGAUCGCCGGCGACCCCACCAACAAGGAGAACAAGUACAAGUCCUCCAUCUGCCACCGCUGCCUCGGCAACGGCGAGGGGUUCGCCCCCUGCGACGCCAAGGACACGGGCGAGCUGCCGACCAAGUACUGCCCCGGUGGCAUCCGCGCCACGGUGAUCUUCCCGUCGUGCUGGGAUGGCAAGAACCUCGACUCCCCGGAUCACAAGUCGCACGUGGUGUACUCGAAUGGAGGGGGGCUCGGCAGCCCGAACUGCCCCGCGACGCACCCUGUUUCUAUUCCGCAGGUCAUGUACGAGAUUAUGUGGGAUACGGGGAGGUACUCGAACACGGCUUGGUAUGGGAAUGGAAAGCAGCCGUUUGUCUACAGUUUUGGCGAUGGAACCGGAUACGGCCAGCACGGCGACUACCUUUUCGGAUGGAAGGACGACUCCCUGCAAAAGGCCAUGGACGCCCUGCCCAGCGGAAGGUGCGCCAACGCGAACUGUGGGGUUCUUAAGAUACAGUCGGCUGCGGACGCGAUGAAGUGCAAGAAAGCGCAGCAGGUCGUUGAGGAUGUUGGGAAGGACGGGCAGUGGAUUACUUCGCUCCCGGGAGGUGUGGAGGUUACGUACUAG